GGCAAGUCAUGUCAAGAUAUUGAAGAGUGCAAAGACAAUAUACACAAUUGCAGUGUUCAUGCACUCUGCGAUAACACUAUUGGUUCCUAUCAAUGUACCUGUCUUGAAGGAUUCCGUGGAGAUGGCAUGUCAUGUCAAGAUGUUGAUGAAUGCAAACUGGCCAAUAUGCACAACUGCAGUGUCCAUGCACAUUGCAUUAACACCAUUGGCUCUUAUAAUUGCAAUUGUGCUGAAGGAUUCCAUGGAGAUGGCAUGUUAUGUCAGGAUACUGAUGAAUGCGAAGACAAUGUCAACAAUUGCAGUGUUUAUGCACGCUGCAAUAACACUGUUGGCUCCUAUCAUUGUAUCUGUCUUGAAGGAUUUCAUGGAGAUGGCAUGUCAUGUCAAGAUGUUGAUGAGUGUAAUGGCAAUGGGCACAAUUGCAGUAUUUAUGCACACUGCAAUAACACUAUUGGUUCUUAUGAUUGUACUUGCUUUGAAGGAUUCCAGGGAGAUGGCAUAUCUUGUCAGGAUAUUGAUGAGUGCAAUGACAAUAUGGACAAUUGCAGUGUUCAUGCACUCUGCAGUAACAUUAUGGGCUCUUAUUAUUGUACUUGUCUACCAGGCUUUAAAGGAAAUGGCUGGUCUUGCCAUGACAUCGAUGAAUGCAAGGAUGGUACUCACAAGUGCCACACACAAGAACUGCAGAUUGAGCAAAAUAUAAGUUGGAACUUCAUCGGGAAUAGGGGCUUAAAUAACGACCAUACUAACGACGAUCUAACUCACUUUUGUUUAGACAUCGAUGAAUGCAGAGAUGGAACAGACAGAUGCAGCUGGGAUGCGCGUUGCAUUAACACGCGAGGCUCGUACACCUGUAACUGCAAUUCAGGUUUCCAUGGCGACGGAAUGUCAUGUAGUGAUAUAGAUGAGUGUGCAGAGGGUGUUCACGACUGUCAUCGGAAAGCGGAGUGUAUUAAUACAAGAGGAUCAUAUCGCUGUUCUUGUUUACAUGGAUAUCACGGAAAUGGCAAGCAGUGUAAAGCUACCUCUGCCGCAAACCAAGAACAAUCACCAAACAAACAAACAAUUAUUAUUAUUGCUUCUGUGUGUGGGUGUAUCGUCUUUAUUGCUUUUGUUUGUUGUUGUUGUUUUGUGUUAUGUUGCUGUAUGUAAAAGCUUCGAUAAGACUAUAGAUGUUACAUCCAUUACUCUGUAACUAGCUCAUUCUAAAUAUUGAAGGUAACCUUUUCAAAUUAAGCACAUAAACAACAUGAAGAGGAAGUGGAUGCUGACCUCAA